UAGUUAAAUAAUUGGUUAACAUUAAAGUAAACAUUGGCUUUCCACCAUUUUCAUUUAAGCCUUGGAAGUGUAGAGAAUUAGUAACAUCUAAAAGCUAUCAUGAAAAUACAAAUUAAACCAGAAAAGAAAUCAUUUUUACGAAGACUUCAGGAGUUCUUCAUCUUUAUUCUUCUGAUACCCGUCUCAACAGCCUCUGCCUUAGGGGAUUUUAAGUUUAAAAUCUUCUCAUGUCGGGUCCUUUUGGGGUUUAUUAUAUGGGCCCUGGGACCACUUGUUUGUUUCCUGGUCUCAGUCUUACCUAAGCUGUCUAAACUGUGGAAUAACAGUAAGUUGACAGCUGUUUAUUUAACAAUCUCUAUAGCAACAGAAUACACUGAGGUACUCCUAGUCAUCUUUUUACCUUUUUGCUCUGCUAAACUUCUUCAACACUGUAACCAAUUUACUCAAGACAAACUAAAGUUUCCAGCUAAUAAAGUUUCAUUGGGUUCCCUUUUUCUGCUGCUUGUUUAUCCAAUCAUCAAGUUACUAAUAGACCAAGAAUUUGAAACCUUGGGCCUUGUAGCUCAUUUUGUGUACUUAAUGGUCUCAAUGAUGGAUACUAUGGUUUCAAUUUUCCUUAUAAAUAUGAUGCUUAGUACCAUGGCUAGUGCCUGUAAAAAUAUCAGGAAUAUGGAAGAUCCUGACAUGCUGGGUGAUGAAGCUAUUCACAUAACAUCAAUGUAUCGUUCACUUAAGACUGGUUUGGGACCUUCUCUACUGUUUUUCUUCUCCUUAGGAGUUUUUCUUAUCACAGCCCUUGCAUAUCUUUCAACUGCUGGUCCUCCAGGUUAUAUGCUACACUAUGCUUUUGUCUUGGGAAAAAAUAUUUUACUUCUUGCAAAUCUCUCUUUUGCAUGUGAUGACUGUUACUCAGAGCUAUUGGCUACCAGGGACAUUAUAAGAGAUGCUAUGGACCACUGCAUAAAUUCUCAAUUUGAGCGAAAGUUGAACAAAGCUCUGCAGAUGAUUAAUGAAGAAACUGAAAUCUCAGCAAUGAGGUUCUUCCCUGUAAAUCAGUCAACUAUGGUCAGCAUUUUUAGCACUGUUCUCACCUACUACAUUAUCAUUGUCCAAUUGUAAAUGUUAUGUUUACAAUGCAAGUAUUAAUGAUAGUCCACAUCUUUAUAUGUUCUUAAACAAUAUCUAUAAGAUAAAGUUUGAUUUUUAAAAUUUGCAAUUUUUUUGUUUUAAAUAGUAAUGGUAUGAAAAUAAACUAAUUAAGGUAAACAUGUACUUAUCUAAAUCUUAGCCCUAAGUCAAGUAUUUAAUCAUUCUAUGUGAAAAUUAAUAAGAUAUAUGCUAUUAUUGCUAGUUCAAAGGAUUAUACAAAUUAUACAGAUGUACAGGAUUUUGGGACAAUGAGAUUUUCUGGAAAGGGCUUUUCAGACUUAGGCACUAUGCAAUAAGCAAAUUUAUGAAGCUUUAAAUCUAUAUGUUUAUGACUAAUUUCACUUCAGUGUUUUACUACUACAGGUUCAUUAUAAUUAUAAUUAAAUUUUGGAAUGUACUUUAAUUGACUCAAUAAAACAUUUAAAAUUU